UAAUAAAGUGCUGGGAUUAAAGAUGUGCACCACAUCCCAGGCCUAGGCAAUGUAUCAUUUUCCUGUGGCUUAUACCUGAAAGGUGACAGCAAUACAGUAGAAAAACCUCCACCCCCAAAGGCUCACCAUCAUAGCCUCCAUCUCUGCUACCUUCUGCCUCACCUCUUGAUUCUGCCCUGGUUGUUCCACGCAACACAUGAUGUAAGUGGCAAGUCCAGGAAUCGGCUGCAAUAAGCGUGUGUCUACCCCUUGUCCGGUCAUCAGCGUGAGCAGAGAUGGGAAAGCUCAUGUUCGUGAUCCCUCUCUGAGGAGGUAGGAUCCUUACAUCAUGAGAUGGGCAGUGACCCAACAGACCUAACAGCUGACUUUCUGCAACAGAGGACAAACCUAGGCUUCGAAAUCAGAACAGUUCCCAGAGGGAUGAAUGUUGAGCUGGAACUCACCAGAUGUGUGUUGGGAAAAGGUAAUGAAUGAAAGUUCAAGGACAGCAAAGAAGGAUCAGGAGGUGGGGAGCACUAGACAAGGGGGCUGAGCAGGCAGGUGGGCAAGACUCAGACUAGCAGGCCCUGAAGGCCAUGUUAGGUACUGCAGAUGGCCUUCUGGAGCUCUCAGGAGCCAUGAUGAGUUCAAGUGGUCAACAGAUUAGCACACUUGCAGGCAAUUCUGUCAUGGAAACUAGAAGGGAAGUUGGAGAUUUCCGGAAUACUACAGGAAAGGAGGAGAUAGUGCCCAGGCCUGGGCAGUGGAGAAUUGAAAGAAUUGAUAGAAACCAGAGUUGAAUCAGCAUUCUCGAUAAUGGGGGAGUCCGAAGAAGGCAGUAGCACUGGGAGUAUUCAGAUUGAUCAGGUAAAUGAGUAGUUGUGGACAACAGAGGAGGAGUGCUAUUUCUUUGUGGGUUUGUUUGUUUUGAGAAAAAGUCUCAGGAUACAGCCCAGGCUGGCCCUGAACUCAUGCUCUUCCUGCCUCUGCUUCCCAAGGUUAGGAGUGUUGACAGUCCUGCACCUCCAUGGCUAGCAGAUGAAGCGAUUUAGAUCAUGAAGUUGCUUUUUGGUGUAUUGGAGGUUUGGGUUUGGUUGUUUUCUGUUUUGUUGUUUGUUUUUUGUUGUUGUGUUCAUGAGAAGGGUCUUCCUUUGUAGUCCAGAGCUGGCUUCAAACUUAGGACCUUCCUGAGUCUCUCAGAUGAGGUACAUUGUUUCUGUACUUGUGGAACAUGUAAGAAGAGAGGUCUGAGAGACAAUCAGACCUAAGGAUCUAGGCCUCAGAGAAAAGGGUCUGGAGCAGAGAUAAAAACUUGAGUCUGGGGCAGAGGUGAUUAAAGGCACAGCAAAGUAUGUUCCAGGUGUUUAUGGAGUAUAUGUUAGGAAAGCCCAAGAAUGCUCUGAAAACAGGUUUACUGCUCCAGAAAGGUAGAGGAAGAGGGAGCCACAGAGAAGGCUGAUUAGGACCAACCACACCAGCAAGACGAAAACCAAGCAAAUGAGUGUCAUUUGUCAUGUCCCCAGGAGGGACUAGCCCAGGGUAUGGAUGUUGCAAAAACAGUUUAGAGAGCAUCAGCCAAGAGCCCAGUGGAUAGAAUAGAGGGGGCCAGCAGCCCCAGGUUGGGGCGGGGGCGAAUCAGUUUAGGGCUAGGAAAGGUGGCAGUGGGGUGUAAGGGAGCAGAGAAGGAAAAUUUGGCAUCUCUAAGAAUAGCUAUGGAGGGGGAGGAAAGAGGGCAGCAGGCAGAAGCUGCACAAAGUUGGUGGUUGGAGAGUCUCUAGAUCUUUCCAGGGUGGCAGGAAAGGGAGAGUGUAAAACCAAAGAGGGUUCUGGGGAAAGCUGUGGAGAGAGAUGAUAAGGGCUUGUGGCUGGAGGGAGACUGUUCCCUGGGUCACAGGAGCUGGUUAUCAGGUUGUCAUUUCCUCCACAGGUCCUCUAUCUUUUUCCUGCUCUUGGCCUGGCUCUCCUUGGAGCUGGAAGAGAGAAGGACCCAGUCAUACCCUGGAAGAAGGUCCGUGCCUUCAGAGGUCUUUCUGCCUGACUGUAAGCUGGGGCUGGGACCAGAGGAGGAGGAUCUGAGGGGGACUAAGACCAAGGACUGAGGACAGGGGUGGAAGAGAGGGAAAAGUCUGGGACGUAUGGAAGCUGUUUCUGGAAGGCAUCCUGAGAGCUAGAGCAGUGGAGGGCUGGAGCCUAGGAAAAUUAUGCCAAGGGCCAGGGUGGCAUCCUUAUAACUCCCUUUGCCCACAGGUUCAUAUGGCUCUCCUCAUCCUGCUCUUCCUGCUGCCAAGUCCCUCACAUUCCCAUCCCACUUGUGAUGUCUCCAAAGUGACCAGCUUGCUGGAAGUGAACUGUGAGGACCAGGGGCUGACUGCAUUGCCCGCAGACCUGCCAGCAGACACAGGCAUCCUCCGCAUGGGCAAGAACAAACUGGGCACCUUCUCCACAGCAUCCCUAGCGCACUUCACUCACCUCACUCAGCUGGACCUGGAUGAAUGUGAGCUGACCAGCCUGCAGACUGACGAGGAACUGUCGAAGCUGGAUAACCUGAAAUUAUCCCACAAUAACCUGCGAAGUCUGCCCUCCCUAGGACAGGCUCUGCCUGCACUCACUGUCCUUGACGUCUCCUUCAACCAGUUGGAAUCACUGUCUCCUGGUGUCCUGGAAGGUCUAAGCCAACUCCAGGAGCUCUACCUGCAGAACAAUAAUCUGAGGAGUCUGUCCCCUGGACUCUUCCUGUUCACCACCAAGCUGAACAAACUCAAUCUGGCCAACAACAAAAUGUGUGAGUUACCCGCUGGGCUCCUAGAUGGGCUGGAAGAUCUUGACACCCUCUACCUUCAAGGGAACCGGCUUCAUACAAUCCCAAAGGGCUUCUUUGGGACCCUCCUCUUGCCUUUUGUUUUUCUCCAUGGCAACACCUGGUAUUGUGAUUGUGAUAUCCUCUACUUCCGCAACUGGCUCCAGCAAAAUUCCAACAAUGUCUACUUAUGGAAGGAGGGUGACAAUGUCACUGUCUUGACCCCUAAUGUGGCCAGUGUACGAUGUGUCAAUUUGGGCUCCGCACCUGUCUACUCUUACCCAGGGAAGGGUUGCCCUACCAGUGGUGAUAGGGAUAUAGACUCUGAUGACCAUGAUAAUUUCUCUGAUGUACCUGCUACAAGGGCCGAGGUCAAGUUCUCUACUAACACCAAAGCCCAUACUACCCACAGGGGCCUACUCUUAGGGUCUCCUACUUCUCCAGACAGCCAAAUGCCUUCUUGGCCUCCAACCCACAAACCCACUAACAAACAGUACACAUCCACCCACAUAUAGAUCCCAGGAUUCACCACACUCCCACAGACCAUUAAAUCCAAUGUACACUCUUGUAGUCUAAAACCCAAAACUAUACCCAUCAUCACCCCAAUCACCUUAGAGCCUGCCUCUACCUUGACUAGCUCAGAGCCCAACACCACAUCAAUGCUUACAGCCUCCACUCUGACUAUUCCAGAGCCCACCACCUCCACCCUUACUACCCCGAGCCCAGCAGCACACGCCAACCACCCAAGAGUCCAUCACCAUCCCAACCACUCCAGUGUCCACCAUCACCCAAGUGUUCACUACCACCUGGGCAUCUUCCCAAAUAAGACCAUUUAA